GCUCAGGUACAACGUGACACUAAAACCAGGUGUGGGUUGUGCAGGUUGAUCCUGUCUUGCUGUCCUCAACCAUUGCCAAACUCCAAGGUCCAACUUCAGUUAGCGAUUCGUCCCAAACAGAGACAGUCUUUUUUGACCAGGUCAGCAGAUAAUUGAACGUAAAGAUGGGAGACUGGGGAUUCCUGUCAACCCUCCUGGACAAGGUCCAGUCCCACUCCACUGUCAUCGGGAAGAUCUGGAUGAGCGUCCUUUUCUUGUUCCGGAUCAUGGUGUUGGGUGCCGGCGCUGAGAGCGUCUGGGGCGACGAGCAGUCGGGCUUCAUCUGCAACACAAAGCAACCUGGUUGCGAGAACGUCUGCUACGACUGGACCUUCCCCAUCUCGCACAUCCGCUUCUGGGUCCUCCAGAUCAUCUUUGUCUCCACGCCGACGCUGAUCUACCUGGGCCACGCCAUGCACGUCAUCCACCAGGAGAACAAGCUGAGGGAGCUGCUGUCCAGCCCUGGUGGACCCAUGACCUCCAAAGUGCCCAAGUACACAGAUGCGAAGGGAAAGGUCAAGAUCAAGGGGAACCUGCUGGGCAGCUACCUGACGCAGCUCGUCUUCAAGAUCAUCAUUGAAGCCGCGUUCAUUCUGGGCCAGUACUACCUGUACGGCUUCAUCAUGGUCCCCAUGUUCCCCUGCUCCAGAAAACCCUGUCCCUUCACCGUGGAGUGCUACAUGUCCCGACCCACGGAGAAGACCAUCUUCAUCAUCUUCAUGCUGGUCGUGGCCUGCAUCUCGCUGUUCCUCAACGUCAUCGAGGUCUUCUACCUGCUGUGCACCAGGCUCCGAUGUGGCUCCAGGUCUCGUAAUCUGAAGAUCACGUCAGCGGAGAACCCCGCCAGCCUCUCCGGUCCCAGGUGGCCGACGGCGCAGGAGGCACUCAAGCAGAACAAGCUGAACUUGGAGAUGGAGAGCAACCACAGUAUCGGAGGAAGCCUGGACGGAGCCAAGGAGGAGAAAAAACUGCUGAGCAAUCAUGAAAAAAUGUAAUUUUUCUGGUUCACAAACAUCAGAGAGACUAAAAUAAAGAAGUGUACACAAAACAUCAUGACAGAAAACAGAAAAGUGCGUGUGAUAAUGUGGUGAGAAGAGUUGGAAUUUUACGUUUAUUUUAUUUUGUUUUUUUAAAAGGCGGAAAUCCAAUAAUGGAAGCGUGCAAUACUGAUAAUGUAUUUAUGUAUGAAUAAGCAGAAUUGUUGUUUUGUGCCCUGUUAUUGGAUGUGCCCUUUAA